AUGCAUUCCCUGAGAAAGGAGACCCGUACAUUGCAAGACCUUGAAUUCCACUCUGAGAACUUUCAGCAGCUCCAGGCCCUCAUAUUUGCUGUGGAGGAGAUUAACAAGAACCCCAGUAUUCUCCCCAAUAUUACUCUGGGGUUUCAAGUGUUUGAUUCAUGUAACGUGUUACAGAAAGACUUGGAAGGAACAUUACAAGCUUUAACGGGAUACAGUUGGCCCAUCCCCAAUUACCGGUGUCUAGAUAGUACUCUAGCUGCAGUCAUUGGGCCCUAUGUUUCUACACCAUCAAUAAUGUUGGCUCAUAUUUUGGGGCUGUUAAGAUACCCUCAGGUCAGCCACUCCUCAACCACUUCUCUCCUGAGCAACAGGAAAACUUUCCCCUCUUUUUUCAGGACUGUUCCAAGUGAUGCUUUUCAGUCGAAAGGAAUAGGAAAGCUGGUGCUGCUCUUUGGUUGGACCUGGGUGGGUCUAUUGGCUUUAGACAACGAUUAUGGUCAGAUAGGAAUUCAGUUGGUCAAACAGGAAAUUAUCAAAGCUGGAGCAUGUGUGGCCUUCAGUGAAACCAUCAUCAUGAGUCAGCCAGACCGUAAUGCUAAACACAUAGUUAAGGUCAUUAAGGAAUCGACAGCCACUACCAUAAUUAUCUUCUCCCUUCCUGCUGAUUUGGCUCCUAUUCUGGAAGAAAUGUUGAGACAGAACAUCUACAAUAAAAUGUUGGUUGGUUGCCAUGGAUGGUCCGCUUCCAGUUUAUUUUCUGAUGGCAAAUAUUCAAAGAUUGUCUCUGGCACUAUUGGUUUGGCCUUUAGCAGUGGGACAAUUCCAGGGUUUAGAGAGUUCCUUAACAAAGCCCAUCCUUUCAGAGGGAUAGCAAAACCCUGGCUGAAGCUACUUUGGGAGGACACAUUCUCCUGCCAGUUCCUAGAUAAAACAAACUCUACAGGCCCAAAGGAAGUGCCUACAAAAGAGUGCACAGGAGAAGAAAGCCUAGAAAGUAUCAAUAAUAACUACAAUGAUGUCUCAAGUUUAAGGAGAACGUACAAUAUAUAUACUGCAACACAUAUAGUGGCCAAAGCUUUGGAAGACCUGAAAAACUGCAACAACGGAUACGAUAUGAUCCCAGACAAAACGUGUUUGGAUAUUUUGCAUUUUCAGCCAUGGCAGCUUUUAAAGUACAUAAAGAAGGUGAGGAUCAUGUUGAACAGCGGUAGGGAGCUUUUUUUUGACAAAAAUGGAGAUAUCCCUGCAAUCUAUGAUGUUGUGAAUCGGAAGCUGAGCCCAGAUGGCACCACAAAGCAAGUUAAGGUCGGCAGUUAUGACUCUACAGCAUUUUUUGGUCAAGUCCUCACUAUCAACACAAGCGCCAUCUCGUGGGGCACAGAAGACCAACAGAUCCCUGUCUCAGUCUGUAGCCAGAGCUGCCCCCCAGGUUUCAGGAAGGCGCCCCUAAGUGGGAAACCAGCCUGCUGCUUCCAGUGUAUCCCGUGUCCCCACGGAGAGAUCUCCAAUACUACAGACUCUGUUGACUGUAUGAAAUGUUCAUGGGAUGAAUGGCCGAACCUGAGGAAAUCUAAAUGCAUCGAAAAGAACAUAGAGUACCUCUCCUAUGAUGAUCCUUUGGGGGCAGCCUUGACAACUACAGGCAUUGUGUCCACCUUGGUUCCAGUUUUAAUCUUAAGACUUUUCAUUACUUAUAAAGAAACUCCAAUCAUGAAAGCCAAUAACUAUUCUUUAAGUUGUCUUCUUCUGGUCUGUCUGUCCCUCUGCUUCCUCUGCUCUUUGGCUUUUAUUGGUUACCCUCAACAUGAAAAAUGCCUUCUCCGCCAAGCUGCAUUUGGUUUGGUGUUUACCCUCUGCAUCUCUUGCAUUUUGGCCAAAACUAUUUUGGUGGUUCUUGCCUUUAUGGCCACAAAACCUGGCAGCAAACUGAGAAAAUGGACCAGUCGCUCAGUGUCCUACAUGUUCAUUUCCAUUUGUUUCUUUGUACAGUUUCUCUUAUGCUUGGUAUGGCUGCUCAGAGCACAUCCUUUUACAGAAUACAACAUUCAACUUAGACCAGACCUCAUCAUUGUUGAAUGUAACAAUGGUUCUCCUACAGCUUUCUGGAGUGUACUAGGGUAUCUUGGUCUUCUGGCCACCAUCAGUUUUAUUGUUGCAUUUUUUGCCAGAAGGCUCCCUGGGAACUUUAAUGAGGCCAAAUUCAUCACCUUUAGCAUGCUGGCCUUCCUCAGUGUAUGGGUGUCCUUUAUUCCAGCCUAUCUCAGUGCACAUGGGAAAUAUACAGAGGCAAUGGAGAUCUUUGCUAUCCUGUCUUCUAGUUGGGCCUUAAUUGGGUGCAUGUUUAUCCCUAAAUGCUACAUCUUACUCUUCAGACCCAACAUGAACUCCAAGAUACAGCUCAUAAAAAGACCGUAG